AACGAACCGUCUGUCGUAGCGUUCGCGCGUUAGGCGCCCGGUAGUGUAGUGGCCGAACUAUUUGUUACAAAUAAUAAAUGUUUAGGUAGUUGCCAAAACAAUUUUCAGUGACAAUGAAAGUGUUUGUUUGCUGCCUUUUCAUAAUUGCCAACAUCAGCAAUAAUGGAAAAGCCUCUCUUGAGAGUUUUGCGCCCUCUGGGACUAAUAUACUCUUUGAGGAUACCACGAAAAAUUUAGAUAAAGCAUCUUGUUACCGACCUUGCAAAUUCAACGUGAAGCCGAAACGGUGUCACUAUAACUUUAAAGUGGAACCAACAAUCCAGGAGGAUGGACGACCAGCUAUCACCAUUAACGGACAGACUCCAGGACCACCCAUCCACGCCUGUGUUAACGAUAUCAUCGUGGUGGAAGUCCAGAACAGCAUUCUAGACCAGGACAUAAGUAUACAUUGGCAUGGCAUUGAGCAGAAAGGAACUCCUUACAUGGACGGAGUUCCUAUGGUGACCCAAUGUCCAAUAGCAUAUGGGCAAACCUUUAAGUACGCGUUUGUUGCUACUUCACCUGGAACUUUCUUCUACCAUGCUGAUUCAGUGUCACAUCAGAGCGAUGGUGUUUAUGGCCCACUGAUAAUAAAUCAACCGCAGCCGUUGGAACAUCACUCAUCUCUGUACGAUUACGACAGGAGUGCUGAGAACACGCUAACAAUAGGAGCUAAGUUCCCAGAACUGUUGACUGCUAAGCUAGAAGAUGUUAGCAAAUUUAAGCCAGAUGCCCUAAUUAUAAAUAGCGACAGAGACGUAUCUAAAAUUGUCGUCAUAGCUGGGUUUGCGUACAGACUGAGGUUUAUAAAUGCUAUCGCAACCGAGUGUCCCGUGAUAGUUACUAUAGAGAAACAUGAAAUGGUAGUGAUUGCAACGGACGGGAAACCAACCAAACCAGUUCUAGCUAGAAACGUAGAACUACACCCAGGUGAGCGUAUGGAUGCAGUAGUGCGUGCAUCAGAGGAAGGCGGCGGUUACUGGGUGAGAGUGCAUGGUGCAGGACCAUGCACUGGUCUCGGUGCCAACGCGAUGCUCAUCUAUUCUGGAUUUAACUACACUGCUAUGUUGGAGGAGAACCAGAACGAGUAUAAGCAAGAAUCAUUCGCAUCCGACCUGGUAGUGAGUGGUCAAAUGCUGGAGUCUCUCCAAGACCAGAGCCAUGCGUCGGAAGUGAAGUCAGUGUACUUGGGUAUCGACAGAAAUAUCAUUGAAGUGAAAGAAGCUGAUCUUGAUUUUAGAUACAUUAGUGACGCUAUACCUAAGAAACCGUUCUUCCCUGCUGCAUUCGCCCUUCGCGAGAAUGGUGUUGUCCAAAUAAACAGAAAGAGUUUCUUGUAUCCUAAUGUGCCGGUAUUAUUACGACCUCGGGAUGUGAGACAGGACAUGUACUGCCAAGUAGGGGAGGAAGAGAAGCAGGUGGAAGCUCAGUGUAUCCAAGUUCUGGACGCUGUUGAAGGAGAUGUGCUAGAGAUUGCACUAGUUAAUGAAGGCUUCGGCAGCAAUGACUCGUACACAUUCCACAUGCAUGGCUACAAUAUGCAGGUGAUCUCCACAUGGCAGAACCCCAAAGACAAACCUAUCUCUAAAGAAGACUUCCAGAAGUUGAAUAAAGAUGGAAAAAUAUUAAGAAAUCUCCAAAACCCACCAGUGAAAGACACGAUCACAGUGCCAAACAAAGGCUACACGAUAGUGAGGAUCAAGAUAGACCGUGGUGGAACUUGGCUCCUGGAGUGCAGGUCCUGUGCUCUGUCCUCAGUGCCAGCUGCCAUCAUGAUCAGGGUACCAGAAGCGAUACCCAAGGCUGUGGUAGACUCAUUGCCCAAGUGCGGCAACUACAGACCACCGGACGUUUUACUGAACUAAUCCUUCCAAUAGACUGAUAGUGUGCUUUGGUCUUGUGAUUUUAGUGUGUAUUAUUUAUAAGUAUGUUUGUUAUUUAUGUAGUUUAAGUGAAGGAUACAAUAAUGCUCCUAUAAAUACUCAGUCAUACUCUGACAGUGAAGAAAUGAAAUGAGAAAGCUAAAGAAAGUUUGACGAACUUCGGAAAUAGAUCUUGGAAAAGAUACUAAUUCGAAAAACUAUGUGUGAAUGAACCCUCUAAUGAAGAAGGCUAUGGUUACCUUGAGAACUUUAUUAAGUAUACAAUAUUGAUAUUCUGGUAUUCAAGAGAAUGACAGGAUCUGAAAUUUUAGUCUAAUCAAUUAUGUGAAUCUGCAGUGACUUUAUUCCAAUCGUGUUUUAAAAGAAGGUGGUAAAGAUACCGACCUCGGCACACUCCGAUCUCGAUGAGGUGGAGGAGAUGUUCGAUGAUAUAUCGAGGGCCCUCCACUCCACCACUAGGACUCACUUCAACAUUGUUAUGGGGGACUUUAACGCCAAAGUGGGAGUACAAAAUUGCAGUGAAUCGGUAGUAGGAUCCCAUGGGUAUGGAAACAGGAAUCAUAGGGGGCAAAUGCUCGUCAAUUUCCUCGAACGGGAGG